AUGUAUGUAUAUAUAAGUACGACGCUUUCUUUUUAUGUACUUCGACACAUUACUCGAAUAUUAUUUACCAUGAUUAAUUUAGAUAUAUUGUUUUAAAUAUAAUUCUGCAAGGAACGAUCAAUCUGCAAUGUUGACUGUUACUCUUCUGGACAAACAUUUUACGUAGCAUUAUGUUAUUACUGCCAACCCAUGUCUUUUAUUUAUCCACUUCUUUAUUGAGUUUUCUCAUGCGCUUGUCUUCUAUAAGAGAUUAGAGUACUUGAAAAAGUAUGAAAGAAAACCAACAGUCUCUCGGCGAACUUGCUAUUUUUAAAAUCCUAAUUUCCUCAGCGAUGUCAUACACCAUUGUUGUUCAUAAUCCCGAUCGCAUAAGGAUCUUCGAACAGACAUCGUAUCUUUUUCUUUUCUUUUUAUCUUAAUUUUCAAAUAAAAAUGCGUAUCGUAGCUUCUUUUUCAUCGAUAAAAACGAUGGCUGGUGGUUGGAUCCUAUUGCGAUUUAAAUUCGUCCAAAAAAAGAUAAUUAAAGAGGAUUAAAGAAAGGAGCAAUCUUAAUACGAGAGAGUUUUCUCUCCCACCCCUUCCCCCACUCUCUCUCUCUCUCUCUCUCUCUCUCUCUCUCUCUCUCUCUCUUUCUCUUUCUAUAUUUAGGAGUCAAGGAGCAUUAUUCAAUCAUAAUUCUUCUAUUAGUCGGAGUUUUUAGGUUUAGCCAUAUAAAUGAAUUUAGUUUGGGGGUGGCGUGACGUGUACACACACAUUUACAAGAGUUUGUAAAGAAGAAGAGGAAAACGAUAUAACGAUAUCUUUAAUUGUAAGGAAAAUACGAUAAUUUGUGUACAUGCCGUAUUAAAGAUCUAAUUAAAGAUCAUGACGAAAAUUGAAAAUGAAUAAAGGCCGUAAACGAAAUUUACAAAAAAGUAAUUGUAUACAUAUAUACAUAUAAUAUCAAUUUGAAUUCUUAUUUGCUGGAAUAGACGGAGAAAGAGAGAUAUGAACAAAUACUUAAUAAUUUAGGUAGAUAGGUAUAUUAUACAUAUUAUAAAUAUAUAAAUACAUAUGUGUAACUUGCAACAAUUUUUCUAGAACACAACCGAAAAUAUUUAUUUUUAUUCAAUGCGUAAUUGUAAGCGCGCGCUCGCGAGAGAGAAAGAGCAAGAGAGAGAACGAGAGAGAGAGAGAGAGAGAAAGAGAGAGGAGCCUUUGAUAAGAAAAAGAUUAAAGAAAAAGCCCUUAAAGUCGAGAAAGUAGUAUAUAUGAAUGGACCGUGUUACAUCUCGACGAACCUUAUUGUAUAUUUACUUCUCGCCUCGAACACGUAAACAUACAUACAUACAUACAUACAUUUAAUAGAUACAUCGCGUAUGUACAUAUUACAUAUAAAGAAGGUAAUGUAAUUUGUAUGCAGAAUAAUUAUCAUUGCCUUGUUAUUAUUAAUCGCAUUGAAAUUUACAAAGAUGAAAGGUUCUAAGUGUCAAAGAGAUGAUGUCUAAAGUAUUGAGAACACAGAGCGUCUUACCAAAGUUACUAAAAUUAAAUUGUAGAGAAAACGUGACAGAGAGCAAGAGAGAGAGAGAGAGAGAGAGAGAAUGAAAGAAAGAAAGAGAGAAAGAGCGAAUGUGGUCACAUUUCCGAAUCUUUCUAAAUAAAAAAAUUUAAUAAUGUAAAUAUAUAUAAAUAACGAGCGAAAAUGAUAUUUUCUUUGUAUUUCGAUACUUAGCACCUUUCGCACUUUGCCUUCCUAAAAUUGCUUGGAGUAAAAGAAAACAUCUCUCCGUUUCGUACUAUAUGCAAUACCUAUAUACAUAGAUACAUAUGUAAUCUUGAAUUUGUAUGUACAUAAGUGCGUGAACCCUAGUCACGUUCGGUGACACGUAAGGUAAAGGAACGAGACUCUAAACAUCCUGGGUAAACGUUUUACCGUUUAAAGAACCAUCUAUUGCUCGUAAAUGAAAGGUCAAAGGAAUCCUUGAUAUGACAAUUCGACAAAUGUACUCUACACAAUUCUUGGAAAAAUAACUCGUAAUGUCAAGGCGUACUUUAGCAGAGAUAAGAUCGGUCGAAAAGAUAAAAUUCAUUCUUAACUUAUGAGCGACACUAACAAGAAGGCAGCUGAAAUAUAUUUUAUCGUAUGGAACGUGUACACGGCUUAUUUGACACACGUUAUAUGGAUCUAUACACCUACACACACACACACACACACACACACACACACACACACACACACACACACACACACACACAUAUAUAUGUCAGGUACACACUUUCUGCACAUUAUUUCUCAUCCGAACGUAUAUAUUCACCUUUAAUCUAAGUAAUAUUCAGCUUUAUCUAGUCUUUAAAAAGUGUGCAUGGAAUUUUUAGUCGUUCGCGGAACGCCUGUAAAUUUGCAGAAGAGAUUUUUUUGUCGUCGUUUUAUCGAAUGCGAUUCAUUAUUAGAAUGCCAUCGUGCUCAUCGUAGCGUUUAUCUUUGACAUUUUCCCAAGAACCAAUAAAAUAUUAACUGUACGAUCGUCUCUACGAUCGUUUUAAUUAUCGAAAAUUAUUGCGAUGAGAAACGUUUCGUAAACGUACUUUUUCGUUUUGAUUCAUUCGAAUUAAUUGAAAUAUAUCGAAAAGACUGGCAAAUGGCAUUUCUUCGGGGGAGGAACGUAAAAAAAAUCGAAAGGACGGAGGAGAAGGAUGUCACUUAUUUUUUAAUAAAAAAUGAAAGAUUAGACUAAAACUUGAAAUUAUUCAUCGUUUUAAUUUUUUGUUAGAGAGAGAGAGAGAGAGAGAGAGAGAGACACGUUAUAGUGCGUAUAGGGACACGUAGAGACAAGAGAACGAGCGUAUGUUUAAAUAGUGAGUUUGAAUGAAUGGAGUGAGACAUAUUGUAUUAUAUUAAAUGAAACAAAUAUUGUUUAAAUAAAAUUGAUAUACAUAA